CAUUUUGCGUGUCAGUUCUCCUCGUGUGUGCUUUAUCUGUCUUCAUCAUCUCAUGUCCAACCGGAACGUUUCUUCAGUGAAUUUGAGUUACGGAGCUAUUUCAUCAUCUCGUAAUUGGUAAUUUGCAGUGAUUCGAACAAUCAUAAUAGAUAAUAGUCUGGCCGCCUGUGAUAACCAAAAGUGAUUCAAGAUGUCCUGGUUAUUUGGGUACAAAAGCCAAGUACCGCAGAUGCCCCCUCCACCCGGUGCUGAAGGUGGAGCGCCACAAGAGCCGGGUUCUGCGGGACAAGCUGCUGGGGAUCAGAAUUUAACCAAGGCAGAACGAAAGGCCAUGGAAGCGUACCGGUUCGAUUCGUCUGCGCUUGAGCGAGCUGCUGAAGCUGCCCGAACACUGGAACGUUCAAAACAUGCUCGGGAAGCGCUAGAGUUAUCAAAGUUGCAAGAAUCUACGAGACAGCAUGAAUACAUGGCCAAGGUGAAAGAGUAUGAGGCACAUAUUGAGUCCUCCAAAGUCGAUCAGAAACGGGUUGAUCACGAGGAACGUCGCAAAACAUUGGCCGAAGAGACCAAGCAACAGCAACAGCGAGCACAGUAUCAAGAUCAACUAGCCAGGAAACGAUAUGAGGAGCAACUAGCCCAGCAACAACGAGUGCAGGAGGAAAAUAUACGCAAACAGGAAGAAAGCGUAGCUAAACAGGAAGCGAUGCGCAGAAAAACAAUUGAACAUGAAAUGGAAUUGCGCGAAAAGAAUAAAAUGAAACUUUUGGAGGCAGAGUUACGAGCAAAAGCAAAAGUUGAUCGUGAAAAUCGUGAUCUAACGUUGGAACAGAUCCGGUUAAAGGCUGAGGAAAAUCGUAUUACGGUGAUGGAAGGCAUAAAGACGGCCGGAUCGGUACUGGGCCAGGGAGCGACUGCUUUGCUAACAGAUUGGGGCAAAGUGGCUACAACUGUUGGAGGUCUUUCACUCUUAGCAUUGGGCAUUUAUUCUGCAAAAGGUGCAACUGGUGUCACUGCCCGUUAUAUAGAAGCACGGAUUGGCAAACCCUUACUCGUUAACGAGACUUCUAGAUUUUCACUUCUGGAAGCAGUCCGUCAUCCAAUUACGACAAUUCAACGGUUCAAGGCUAAGCCUACGGAUGCACUACACGGAGUUGUGCUACAACCGAAACUGGAGGAGCGUUUGCGAGAUGUCGCCAUAGCCACAAAAAAUACUAAGCAUAAUAAGGGAUUUCAUCGAAAUAUUUUGAUGUACGGACCACCUGGUACCGGCAAGACAAUGUUCGCUAAAAAGUUGGCUUCUCACUCCGGGAUGGACUAUGCAAUCAUGACUGGCGGUGAUGUCGGUCCAAUGGGGAGAGAUGCCGUGACUGCAAUCCACAAAGUGUUUGAUUGGGCUAACACCAGUCGGCGUGGAUUGCUCUUAUUUAUUGACGAAGCCGAUGCCUUUUUGCGUAAACGUUCGUCGGAACACAUAUCUGAGGAUAUGCGAUCAGCCCUGAAUGCAUUUUUGUAUCGAACAGGCGAACAAAAUCCGCGCUUCAUGUUGGUUUUAGCGUCCAACACUCCCGAACAGUUUGAUUAUGCUAUCAACGAUCGUUUGGAUGAAAUGGUAGAAUUUACACUACCUGGACUAGACGAGCGAGAGCGAUUGAUUCGAUUGUACUUUGACAAAUUUGUUUUGCAGCCUGCAGCCGAAGGAAAAAAGCGUUUCAAGGUAGAACAAUGGGACUAUAGCAUGGUUUGCAGCAGAAUGGCCCAGAUGUGUGAGGGAAUGUCUGGUCGAGAAAUUUCCAAGUUAGGCGUCUCAUGGCAGGCGGCUUGCUAUGCCUCCGAGAAUGGAGUUCUUACCGAGAAAAUGGUUCUGGAUCGCUGUGACGCGGCGGUUCGUCAACACAGGCAGAAGAUGGCAUGGCUCUCGGAACAGGAAAAGCAAGACCACAAAUCGAUAACCGGUGGCAAAGGUUAUGUAAUUGAAUCGUAGAAUUUGUGUAAACAUUAGUUCCAGAAAAGUGUUUAAACGAUUAUGAAGGGCUUCGUUUUUAGUAAUUCAAUUGGCUGGUCCCAAUGUUGCGGUACAAAGGCAUCCUCUUUUGAUCUGAAAUUGUUUUUGCUUUCAGCUGCCCAGUGAUGCGAUGCCUUUUUCCUCAAGAGAUCAUAUCCAAUUGGAACGAAUUAGUUGCAUAUGGGUUAGAGAGAAAAAAAAGUAAAGUCAGAGUGAACCUUUAGUUUAGUUCAUCCGUUCCUCUCAGGGAAAUUUAUAUUAAACUUCUUCGAACGGGGGAACCGCAAAUGUUGUAACAGACCACCAUCGAAAAGAGAUUGAAUGCAUUUAGAACCAACUGCAUUAUUUGAAUCUAGUGUGUUCAUAUUUCUGACGGUUUUCUUUUCAAAUGUUAAUUAAAUGUACUGUAUUUUUUUUUCUAUUAACUGCCACCACAGACUAACAGAUAUAAUAUUUUCAUUGAGCAUGCAAAACCUGAAAUUUGCUGGUUGGAUAGUAUCUACUUAGCGUCGCGGUCCGUUAGUGGUGGUUUACGAGUAUUGUCAAUUUGGACAAUGAAUAUUGUUUAUAAUCUAGAGAUGCGAUGAAGAUGAGCACUAUUUGUUUAUUUGUUGUAUCUACACCAAAAACUACGUGGCCCUAAUGGUGCUUUGUCUUUUGACAAAUCGAGCCAACUUUUCUGUGACCGCAGUUCUGUCCAAGUGUAAGCGUGGAAUUGAGCAAUGGUGAGGAUUUUCAGAUAUUGCUUGGAGAUUUGAAGUUUUUCCAGCUUUAUGUAUUUUAUACGUAUUUACGAAUGGUCUGCAUCUAAAAACGUACUACAAUUGGGUAAAAAACUAUUAUCGACCUAAGUAUUUGUGCUCAUACAUAUUGCAAUAAACAUGUUUAUCAUAUAGAAUUUUCAAAAAAGAAAUUUUGAAUUUCGUUAAGAGAUGAGUUAAAUUCCAGGUUAUUGAAAAUCGCUCCUAAAAUGAUGAUUAUAUGAGCGACCGAAAAUAAAAGUCGCAAGGACAGAAUAUGUUUCGUAAAACCCGUUUGAAAUAUAUUAGAGUAUAAAAACCGGAUAUAAACUUCAAGCAUAAUAAUCGGACUGGGACAUUCCUUUGUAAGAGUCGGGUAAAAAAACCUUCAGUAAAAAAAACCGGAAAGAAAUACAUCCGAUUCUUACAAAUUAGUUUUUGUUAGCCGACUUUUAAUCUUGAACAUCAAGAUAUACGGAUGCUCCUACGAGCGAUUUAUUUAUUUUUAAACGAUUUUUAUACCGGAGGUUCAUCCUUGCCGAGUUUUACGGGUGAGAACUUUUAAGCGAUUCUUAUGCUGAAGGAUUUCUGUCCGAUUUUUAUGCUUGAAAUUUAUUUCCGAUUUUUAUAUUCCAAUAUGUUUGAAACGGGUUUCGCGAAGCAUGUUCUAUCCUUGCGACUUUUAUUUUCGGUCGCUCAUAUGUAGGUAUAUAUUUAAAGGUCCCAUUCUACAAUAAGUCAUGGAAAAAUGUAAAAUGCUCCAAAAAAGACCAAGAUUUCCAAUGAUUCAUAAUCUGCACGCCGACACUGAAAAAUUGAAGAAUUUGUUCAAAGUAUUAUGUUUGUUAGUCUGUGCUGUUACUACAACAUGGAAACGUAUGGGCUCAAAUAUA